UGUGAUCCAAAUCCAUAAAACCUCCACAAUCCACCGGCAGGCGCGCCGGUCGCCGACUCGCCGUCAUCCGCUGACGCCUCGAGGCCAGGCAAGCCGCCGCCGGUUCCCUCCUCCACCGCUGACGCCAAUACCUGUCACCAACACCAGCGCCUGUGCCGUCUCCCGGCCGCCUCCAUCACAAUCGCCAACCACCGCCCCACGCGCCUGUCGUCGCCCGCCGCCGCCAGCGCCUGCGCCUGCUCCCGCUGUCGCCCGUACCACCGCUCGCUCCUGUCCGCUGUAUCCAGGCCAACCGUCUCCCGGUCGCCAGAUCCGCACGCGCCGCCCCCAGCCCAGCGGAAGCCUCGCCGCCACCAUCCCGCCGGCCGUGUUCGGGCGGCUGCGAGGGUUAGGGAGCAGAAAGCCUCCUUCCUCUUACUCCUGCAGUUUGAAAUCUCCCCCACUAUUCUUUCCUUUAAUAGGGCUAGCUGAAUUUCUCCAUAGUGGAGUGGAGGGGAGCUGGCUGGUGUGGGAUUAACCCGACUUCUCCAGUGAAAAUUUUCCUCACAUGUCAAGCAAGCAAUAUGUGGACUUACAUGUAGGAUGAUAGAACUUAGACAAGGUGCAGGUGCAGUAGGCAGUGGUCCAUUCUGGCUUGGUUGUGAGUGCCAUGGCUCCACACUACCAGGCUGCCACCUUGAUUGCCUCACCGUCGUACCCAAAUGCAAUCGCUUGGUCAAGUGAGAACUUGGUGGCUGUUGCCUCUGGUCACCUUAUCACUAUCCUGAACCCAGCUGCAUUAGAGGGGCCUCGGGAACUGGUUGUUCUCCGUCCUAGCGACCCAUUUCCCAUAGGAGUCGUUAACAGAGAAGAUAUAUUUGAACCAUGUAUAGUGCCCACUUCCUUAGCACGUGAAACAGAACCGUGCGCUCGGUCUAUUUCAUGGUCUCAACAAGGGUUUGCUCCUAACUCCGGUUGUCUGUUGGCUGUUUGCACUGUUGAUGGUCAUGUAAAGCUUUAUCGGUCACCAUAUUGUGAAUUCUGUGAUGAAUGGGUUCAGGUUGCAGAUAUAUCUCAGUUGCUGUUUAAGUACUACAAAGAUAUAGAAUUUGGAGAGGAUGAUGGUCCUCUUUCACUUCCUCAGGGAAAGGGAAAUACUGAACAAAAUCAGCGAUUUGUGUGUAUUAGUGAACUACAAGAUCCUAUUCCAAGAAGGGGUACAGAACGAAGAAAAAGAAAAGCAGCAAGAUUUGUAGGCUACGUAUAUGAUGAUGAUGAUGAUAAGGACAGCACAGAUGCUUCAGAGGAUGCAGACUUUCUGUUUGAUCCCAUCUCUAAUUUAAAGAAAAAAUCAUCAAAGAAGGCUACAAAACCUGGACAUGUCUAUGCUGUCAGAAAUGGUCAAGGCAACUCUCAAAAUAUUCAGACACCAUUAUCCUGCAAUGGAGAACACAAAUCUCUUCCUCUUAUUACAGCAAAACAGUAUUCAUGUCGUGAAGCACUUUUGUCUUCUCUCGUAGUUGCAUGGUCUCCAGUACUGCCAUCACCUGACAGAAGCUCUUACUUCACGGGAAAUUGGUGCAUUCUAGCUGUUGGUUACAAGUCUGGGAGUGUUUCCUUUUGGAAAAUACACAAACCUGAGUACUACGCAAUAGAUAUUGGCAUGGUUACCAGAGAUCCAAUGCUCAUUGGGGUUGUUCAAGCUCAUUUAUCAUGGGUCACUGCCAUAAGUUGGGAAUUUUUUGCUUCAGGCUCUUCAAAACCUUUGUUGCUUUUGGCAACUGGAUGCUCAGACGGAAGCUCAAAGAUAUGGAUGGGUGAUAUUGAAGGGUUAAAUCAAUGUACAUCUGCAAAAGAAGUGCCAUUGACAUUAGUGGCUGAGGUCACUACUGAUUCAGCACCGAUCUCGUCAAUCUCAUUAUCUGCAUCAGCUCAGCAUGACGACUCCAUUAAUUUGGCAAUUGGAAGAGCAUCUGGGUCACUAGAAGCAUGGUCGUGGAACAUAUCGGGCAACAAAAUUGAGAAGAUUGAUACAUGUGACGCUCAUGAUCAAGUGGUGACAGGUCUGUCAUGGGGUUUUCAUGGGCAUUGUUUAUACAGCUGCAGUCAGGAUAAUUCUGCACAUUGUUGGAUGUUCAACAAAACACAUCUAGAAGAAAUUCCUAUGCACACACAUAGUCCGGAGCUGAAAGAGUCCAUAGAUCUCACAGAAGUAUCUGAUCGAUGUUAUGGCCUUGCACUAGCACCUGGAGAACUAAUGCUUGCUGUGGUGCGCAGUUUGGAUCCAAACUUGUUAAAUCAGAUGUAUCAAGCCAGGACACAAAAGGCAGUGGUUGAGUUCAUUUGGAUUGGUGGUCAGUUUCUUGGUAUUCCACCAGACAAUAGCGUUAUCCACAGUCUGCAAUCUGCAGCCUUAUCUGAGACUAAUUUCUUGUGGUGGGGAUCUAACAUUUUUUGGUCACUGAAGAGAUAUGAAAAUUGUGAAAGAGUGCUUGUCUUAUGGGAUCUCAUUGCUGCACUACAAGGGUUUAAGAAAUCUGCACCUACCUUUCUUGAGACAUUGAUGCAUAAAUGGGUGUCAGGUUUGUUUCCAGAUGGUCCGCAAUGUGCUUCUGUCGACAUUCCGUCACAUUCAAUUCAUGACAUGCCCAAAGUCAGCUUGCGGAAGCUGCACUUGCUGAAUAUCAUCUGUAGGAAAGUAAUGCUUAGUGAUCGUGCGCAGUGUUCUCCUGGUAUAGACCAAGGUAAUGAUGUAAUGGCUGAUUUGUGGAACAAUCUUCUGGUAAGAAGUGAAAGGGAGCUGCGAAAAAGGCUCGUGGCUUUCACUUUUUCUGCUGUCCUGAACCGAGCAGCCUAUUUGCUCAAGGGUGCCCAUAUUGAAAACAGUUGGUUUCCUAUUGGAGUUGCGCAGAUGGAUUCUUGGGCAUCCAUGAAUGAUGGAGAAGUGCACAACGGGCUCAAGUUUCUCAGAACGAGGAUCAGCGAUCUAGGAGACAGGAUCAACUUAGUGUGCGAGUACUCAGUUGAAGAAUACUGCAGCUACUGCACCGCACCGGUCCCCUUCGAGUCCGCAGAUGCAGCCAUGUGCAGUGGUAGCAACCCUGCUGCUCCUCCGGCUGAAGCUCACAAAAUGUCAAGAUGCGUAGCAUCGAUGCGGCUGUGCUCUGUUCUUCAACCAACAUGGCACUGCGUGUGUUGCGGAGGAACGGUCGACAAGUUGCUGCCGGAAAUAUUUUUCACCAUGCCUACAUCCUUUUGGGAUGAUGCCCCUCAUGGUAACGAAUCGAUUGAUUUGUCAACGCCGGCCGUUCCAUAUUGCCCCUUCUGCGGCGUACUGCUGCAGAAGAUGAAGCCGGGGUUUCUUCUCUCUGUUUCCCCGGUAUAGAAGAUAGUGGCACUCGGCAGCCUCCGGUUGUAAGUUGCAACAUUUUUGCUUACAUCACUAAUAGGCUAGUAGGUAAUAGCGCUGUGAGUUUUGUUUCUGGUAAAAGCUGUGCUGAUAUUUAAGCAUUAGCUCUCUCUCUCUCAAAAAAAAAAAGAUAUUUAAGCAUUAGCCGUGCCACUAGUGGCAUGGUUAGUUAGUACAAGGCUUUGGCCCCGUCACCGUGUAACAACCCGUGUAACAUGGUGUAACAUGUACAUUUCUAGCACUUGGCAAUAAAGCGGGC